AUGACGAAGCAGGAUACUAUUGACGAAUCUCGUUCAUCUUUAGAGAAUGGAAAUGAUACUAAUGAAAAGCCAAGUAUUUGGGCUUCCAUAUUACGCGACGUUAAAUCAUCAACAAAAACAGCACCAGCAACAAAGACUUUAGUCGUUUUAGGUGAUAAUGAAAGUGGUCGAACAACAUUAGUAGCAAAAUUACAAGGAAAUGAUGAUCCAAAAAGAGGUGCUGGUCUUGAAUAUCAUUAUAUUGAUGUUAAAGAUGAUGAUCGAGAUGAUACUCCGAAACUAGGUGUAUGGAUUCUUGAUGGUGAUGUAGCAUGUUCAGCUCCAUUAUUAAAAUUUGCUAUUAAAUCAGAUACAUUAGAUAAUACACUUCUUAUUCUUGUUGCAAGUAUGACUCAUCCAUGGUUAUUAUUAUCAACAUUAAAGAAAUGGACAGCACUUCUCGAAGAACAUAUUGAUCGAUUAAAAAUUGAUCCAAUACGUUUACGUGAUAUGCGUGAUCGUCUUCAAUCUGAAUUUCAACAUUAUGUCGAACCAAAUGAUACAUCUAUCAUGUUAACAUCAUCGACAUCAACAGCAACGCUUAAAAGUGGAGCAGGUGGUAGUCGUGUACCAAAUUCUAUUUCAUCUGUUUCACUUGCAUCAACAGCAACAUUAAGUCCAACAAUAAAUGGUGAUGAACAAGUUGUAUUACCACUUCCUGAUGGUGUUUUAACAAAAUCACUUGGUAUACCAGUUAUUGUUGUUAUAACAAAAUGUGAUGUUAUGCCAACAUUAGAAAAAGAAAAUGAUUAUAAAGAUGAAUAUUUUGAUUUUAUGCAGUAUCAUUUAAGAAAAUUUUGUUUAGAAUAUGGUGCCGCAUUGUUUUAUACAUCUAUUAAAGAGAAAAAAAAUAUAGAUAAAUUAUAUAAAUAUAUUGUAUACAAAUGUUAUGGUUAUCCAUUUACAUCAACAGCUGCUAUUGUUGAACGUGAUUCAAUUUUUAUUCCAGCUGGUUGGGAUAAUCCAAAAAAAGCGGAUAUUCUAUUAGAAAAUCUUCAUCGACUUAAACCAACAGAUAAUUAUUCAGAUGUUUUUGUUAAACCUAUUGUUCGACGACCAUUACAACGUGAUAAUGAAAUUAUUGCUGCUGAAGAUGAUCAAGAAUUUUUAGCAAAACUUCAAUUAACACUUAAUCGAGCUGCAUCACCUGGAAGAGCAGAUGAAACAGCAACACCAGUACAUACACGAACAUCAGGUGUAAGUGGUGGUAUUGGUUCACAAACACCAUCUGUAGCUGGACGAUCACGAAAUCAACCAAGUACAACACCCGGUGGUGCAAAUACGGCGGCGAACGAAGGCGCAUUAGCCAAUUUUUUCAACAGUCUACUCACAAGAAAAUCAGGCGGUGCAGUAACUCCAACAGGUGGUACUACACCUGGUGCACAAAGACAAACAAGUCAAUCUCCAACAACACCUUCAUCAAAACGAUUACAACAGCAUCCUCUAACAUUUGCUGUAACACCGCCACCGGGUCGUACAAGAACACCUACAUCACAUAAACCGUUUGCUUCCCCAUUAAAUACGGAAUCUCCACCUAGACUUCUAUCACCUCUAGUUGAACAACAAAGUAAAGGUGAUAGUACUUCGACUUCACCAACAGUUGUUCGAACACCGUUGGAAGAUAAUGAAACUAUAAAAACAUUUGAUACUAAUGAAAAUAAACAAUCAUCAAUACCUAACAUUGAACCUGUACCUGUCAAUCAUAAUGAAAAGCAAUCGAAUGACACUCCAACAACUGAACAUGAAUCAGUUAUAAAUGAAGAUCAAUUAAAAUCUCAACACGAUUCUAAUUCUAAUUUUACGCAUAAUUCCAAUACAAAAACUCUUAGUUCUCCUUCUCUAUUAUCACCUCUAACUGAAAACAAACUGGAUGUUGCACAAAUUGCAGCAAAAGAUGUUUCUCAUUCUGAAAAUAGUGAAUCAACUACGGACCAUUCAUUUUCCGCUAUCCAGUCAAGACCUAUCUCUCCAUCGCAAUCCAAUGAACUCGCAUCUACAGAAAAUGACAAUAAUCUCUUAUUGACAAAUCAGUCAGGAUCAUCUUCGCCUGCUAUGAAUAAUGACAAUAAAUUAUCUGAUCGAUCGGAAUCAAUAGAACAUAACUCAUUUUCACUAUCAACUGGUUCAAAUCUUGAAAAUAGCCAACAAAUAUCUCCAACGGGAACACAAAACGAGAUAUUUACAUCAACUCUUGAUGAUAUUUCAUCUACCGAUAACAAGACAGAGCAACAACAUGACUUGAAACAAACUCUAAAUUCAAGUCGUCGAAAUAGUGAAAUAAAAUCUCUUAGUCCAUCUCUCUCAUCAAGUUCCAUUGCAAAUGAAUCUCAUCAACAGGACGAACAACUCGAACAGCCACCUUUAUCAUCUGGUGAACGAACCUCAAAAUCACCCAUUCAAUCAAGACCAAUAUCGCCUACAACACUUGAAACUUCUGAAAUGUCAACUACCAAUCAAGAGCCACUCAAUUCAUUAUCGUUUGAUACAGAACAAAUCGAUGACGUUAAUAUUUCAAAGGAAGGAUUACCAGAAAGUUCAUUAACACAUGAAUUACCUAUAUCGGUAUCGACAUCAAAUGUAAAUACCAAUGACCUUGAGCAACAAAAUAUCUCACUGCCUACAGAAAAUGGUCAACGAAAGUCUUCUAUCCAGGAAACACUUGAAUCAACUUUCCCGCUAGCAGAAAAUCUAGGAUCUACUGAAGCAGACCAAUCACCCACAUUUGAGACAGGUGAUAUCAAAUUUGAUUCUCAUGAAACUACUACUGCACUAUCUAGUGUUGAAGAGAAGCUUCAACGAAGUCGAUCUCCAUCACCGAAUAUUGAAGGAGAACAAAUGCGAAGUCGAGCUGCAUCAUCUCUUAUCGAACAAGACAAUAAAAGAAGUCGGUCCCCUUCGCCUACCAUCGAACAAAAAGAACAAAGGAGACGAUCUCCAUCACCUAGUAUUAAACUAGAACAAGAACCAGAUCGAUCAACAUCACCUGUCGUUGAACAAAAUCAAGUAAGAAGUCGAUCUUCAUCGCCUAUCAUCAAAGAUAAGGAACAAAGGAGUCGCUCUCCAUCGCUUAGUAUUGAACUAGAACAACAACCAAAUCAAUCUGUAUCCCCUUUCAUUGAACAAAGCAAAGAACGCAGCCGAUCUCCAUCGCCUAUUAGAAAACCAGAAGAACAACGUAGUCGCUCGCCAUCACCUAGUAUUAAACGAGAAUCAGAACUAAAUCAAUCUGAAUCACCUAUCAUAGAACAAAAUUCAGCACGGAGUCGAUCGCUAUCGCCUAUUACUCCACAUGAUCAACAAAGAAGCCGAUCUCCAUCACCUAGUAUCGAAAGAGAACCAGAAUUAAAUCGAUCUGCAUCACCCGUCAUUGAAGAAGAUCGAGAGCGCAGUCGAUCCUCAUCGCCUGCUAUAAAACUAGAGGAACAAAGAAGUCGAUCUCCAUCACCUAGUAUUGGUGAAAAGCCAGAAUUGAAUCAAUCUACAUAUGUUAUUGAAGAAACCCAAGAACAGAUUCGAUCACCAUCACCUGUUACCCAUUACGAACAACAAAGAAGCCGAUCUUCAUCACCUGUCAUGAAACAAGACCAACAAAGGAGUCGUUCUCCAUCACCUAGUUUGAAAGGAGAACCAGAACUAAGUCGAUCUGCAUCACUUAUCGUCGAGCAGAACCAAGAGCGCAGUCGAUCCCCAUCGUCUGUCACGAAACAAGAGGAACAAAGAAGUCGAUCUCCAUCACCUAGUAUUGGUGAAAAGC